GGCGAGACCGGUGCAGAGUUCGCCAGACGAUGAUGUCUGAUCGAGAAUGGCGUUUGCAAUAUCAAGGAAGUUAAUAUAUUGUUAAAAAUCAAGGAAUUGACUGUCAUAUUAUUUAAUAAUAUACGUUGUUUUUAUCACGCAAUUAUUACGUUUCUUUCGUCCGGAAAAAUGUUCCAUUGUAAGAUGUUUCAAAAGUUCCUUCUGCCAGGCCCAAUAUGUGCUGCAGCUGCUUUCACCGCAGGGAAAGAAACUGGCACUUCUGAUGUCAGCAAGGUAGUUGAAGGAACCUCAAAGACUGAUUCAUGCAAACACUGCCAUAUACCUCCCAAGCUGCGCCCUAGUGAACUGCCCUUCUAUGGAGGUGAACAAGAGAAGGGAGGAAGGCUGGAGAGAGUGGUGGAGGAGCCUUCAAGACUUGAGCAGAUGAUUGGUGCCAUGCGUAAGGAGGUGUGGGUCUUUUAUGAUCAAUACAAAGGCUACCAACUACGGGUUCUUGAAAUUGUGAGCACUGGAAAGGCACAUGCAGAAUCUUCUUUGAGCUUCCUGCGUGAAGAAGCCAAUAUUGUCCACCGAGCAGGAGCUAUUGGAAUAGGCGGCUUAGGUGGUUUAGUGAUGGGUUUGCGCGGUGGUUGGUUUAAACGUAUAAUUUAUGGAGCAGCUGGUGCAGCAGCCAUGGCAGCACUGUGCUACCCUCGUGAAUCAGCAGAAAUUACUGAGCAGUCCCUACAAAUUUCAAAGUAUUAUUUCACCAUUGCAUAUAAUUUCAUCUAUGGAGUGAAGCCUGAUAGCUUCAGGUUUCUUUCGACAUCAUCAACUGUACAUAGUGAUAAGCCUUCAGCAAAAGACUCUGCUCAACCUGUUCCAGAUCAGAUUGCCUUGCCAGUAGAUAAAGGACAACCACUAUCAACACCAGGACCAGUUCCACAGGUAAUUCGGGAUCAGUCCAAUCCAGCUGACAAGGACCUUUACACCAAUCGAAGAUGAAGACAAUUUUCAAAAAGUGAUAGUGAUAAAUAUUACGUUUAGCAUUAAUUUUCCUAUCAUCCCUGUCAAACUUUUAAAUUGAUAUCACUGCAUAUGAUCUCACCAUGUUGGACAUCCCAUUUAAAACCUAUGCACAUGAGUGAAAUACGAUGUUAAAAUGUGUAAAAUGUAAAUAAUGGUCAACAUGUUAUCAAAUUUAUUUGUUUGACUUAAAUUAUUAUGUAGUUUAGGAAAUCAACUGAAGUAAAAUGUAGAGAUCAAAGUGGAAAUAUCAUGUCAAGUUCCUUUACUAGUUCAA